AGCUCCUUCAAGAUGGUUACUUACGGAUUGCUAGUAGUUUUGGCAUUCAUUGCCUCUUCKCAGGCUUACGCACCAGACUUCUUUGAGAAUGCCAUUGACGUUGGCCAGUAYGCACCAAUGUCAAGAAGYCUCAACUGUGGCAACAUCCAGCAYCCUCUYGGCUGCACCUUYUCYYCAGACUGCUCAGUGAAAACAUGCACUGUUGACUUUGUUGGACUCAAAUUUGAGUUCAAAUUGACAAUUAACAAGUGCGACAGCCCUGUCACCGUGACCAUCAGCUUUAAUGUCAGACCAUUGAACAUCAAGUUCGCUCACACAUUUCCCACCGACCAGACCAUCCCAAUUCCAGGACUUGAGCAAGGAUUUGGUCCUUUGAAAGGCGGAGUGCGUGUCAUGGUCAAAUUGAGGCCUGAUAAUGGCAAGCUUAACGUCCAGGUCCAACUUCAGUGUGGUAUUACCAUUCUCGGCCAACCAAUCAUCCCAGUCAGACUUGAUCUGAUCAAAGGACCAUUACCAAUUGACACAAGUACCUGUGGGGGAGGAGGAGGAGGAGGACUUCCACCACCACCAGGACCCCCACCACCUGGGCCACCUGGAGGAGUGUGUGAUGACACCAAUCCCCUCUGCGGUUUCCUCAAAGGACAGUGUGGARACCCACGARUCAGUGGCAUGUGUCAAAAGACAUGCACAAAAUGCUAAAUGACGUCAUAUAUUYACCAUGACAACGCCAUAUAAUUACAUUCAAGAAUGUAAUAUUGAGUAGAAAUAAAGUUGAUUAUUUGACAACCGUA